AUGCCCGGCUGCCCGUUUGUCGGUCACUUAUGCACACCCCCCGCCCUCACUCCGGCGGAUUCUACGGAUGAAUCCCCGUCCUUAUUUCUUCCACAUCCUCCCAAGUCCUUCUCACAAGCCGACUGGCAACCACUUCUCGCGCUCGUCUCCGCGCCCUCCCCUUUCCGCGUUUCCCGCCUUCCCUACACGGGCCCCUGCUUUUUACCGCUGGGCCAUAGUAGCGGCCUUUCCUUUCCUCGCACGUUCGCGCGCGCGCCAUUCAUGCAGAAGGCGAAGGACCGAGUCGCGCCGCUGCUCUCGCUCGUAGCAUCGUCGUCGAUCCGCGUGGCCCUGAUCCCCUCCUUCCGGAGUGCCACUACCAGCGGGGGAGAUCACGCAUCGCCACCUGCCGCCACCGCGGUAGCCGCCGCAGCCGCCUCCGCCGCCGCUGCCGCUUCCGCUUCCGCUGUGGCUGGCGCUGCUGGUCAGCGGAGAGCGGGAUCCCCCUUGCUGCUGCUCCCACCUGCACCCCGCGCAAGCUCUGCUGCUUCUUCCGCUUCCGCUACCGCCGCCUCUGCGGCUGUGACGACCACGGCGGCUGCGCGCGCUGCUACGAUGCCGGCGGCCGUUAUCGGCGCCAUCAAUGGCGCCGUUCACGCGGCCUCCGGGAGCAACUUGCGCCCUGCUGGUUUGUCGCGCAGCAGCCGCAGUGCGCGGCUAGCAACCGUGCAGCAGCGCGGCACCUCACUAAACCGUAUCGGAUCGUCGCUCAGUAACGAGUCGUUGAGCAAAGCCGCGCCGUUCCAGGCGGCGGCGCGCCUCGUGGCGCGGUCGCGGAGCAGCAGCGAGCUGGCAGGCGGCAGGAAAGGGCCGAUUGUCUCUUGCCCCAUCCUUCCUUGCUCCCUCUUCUGCGGCCCUUCUCCCUUCCCCUCGGCUUCUUUUCCCCCCUGGUUCCCCUUGUCUCGUCUCCUCAUCUCGGUUCCUCCCUGUUCCCCUCAUCUCAUCUUGUUGUGUGGGGACGGGGUAAGAUGUGUGAGGGAAGGGGUAGUGUUGUUGGAUGGUGGGACCCAGUCCCCGCCGCUUCCUCACCCACUUCCGCUCUUCCCAUCCACACCUUCCCCUCUUCCCAUCACCAUGUGUGCAGCACCCACACCAUCCCCUGGCAAGGACAACAGCAGCAACAGCAGCAACAGCAACAACGGCGGCGACGCAACCGGUGGCGAUGGUGGCAGCCCGUCGAGCUUCCUCUCUGCACUGGCAGAGCUCACCACCAUGAUAAUUCCCUUCGCUCCUCCUCCAUCCUCUCCCUCCACCCCUCCCUCUCCCUCCUCGCCCUCCUCCUCCUCCUCCCCCCCACCAUCAAGCCAUGAAAUAAACCCUUCUGCCACCUCCGUUGCUGCUCCCUCUGACUCCUCCUGGCCCGCCUUUCCCCCCUCUCUUCCAUCGCUUCCCCCCUUGCCCAUGCUUCCAUCGCUCCCCGUGCUGCCCGCUCUCCCCACAAUGCCCGUAAUGCCCACGAUUCCCGCGAUGCCUCCGCUGCCCGCGCUGCCCGAUGCCAUUGUGCCGGCCAUCUCCUGGCAGAGGUAUGUAUGUGCGCAUGGGGAGUGGGUGCGUGGGAAGAUGGGAGGAUGGGAGGGUGGGGGAGUGGGAGGGUGGGAGAUGAGAGGGUGGGAGGGUGGGGGAGUGGGAGGGUGGAAAGACGGGAGGGUGGAGGAGUGGGAGGGUAGGAAGAUGAGAGGGUGGGAGGGUGGAGGAGUGGGAGGGUGGGUGGGAGGGUGGGGGAGUGGGAGAGUGGGAGGGUGGGAAGAUGAGAGGGUGGGAGGGUGGAGGAGUGGGAGGGUGGGUGGGAGGGUGGGGGAGUGGGAGAGUGGGAGGGUCGGAAGCGCUUGCGGAUUGCCCCUUGUGGGAGCAAUGGCACACUGCUGCACGCUGGUCCCGAUCCGAUCCCGCACUUCUCUUCCCUCUCCACCUUGUUCCCCUUCCCCCACUCCUUUUCCACCCCGUCCUUCCCUGUCCCCCCCGUAUCCCUCCCCAUCCCUCCUCGUUCCUCCAUGGUCCCUCCCUUUUCACCCCAUCUCUCCCCCCUGUCCCUGGGCGAGCAGCAUAGUGGCAGCGAUGACCACACUGGUGCACGGCUCCACCACGGACAUAGGCUGGCUGUGCAAUCACCCCAAGUUGCCUGCUGUCAGGGACCGCACUGAUCAGUACGCACGCACGCUGCGCCAAGUCAUGCAGGGCCAUAACUCUCUCCCUCACGAUCUCAUCUACCUCCUCAUACCAGGGCUGUUCAGCAAUCUGAGUCCGCUGUAUCUGCUAGACACGAGGGAGCACUUCUCCUCCCUGGGCCUCACAUGUGAAAUCGCCAAGAUCGACAGCCAGGCGGGUGUGGAGGCAAACGCGCGUGUGCUGUGGGACACAGUGACAGCGCUGCUGGCUGGGAAGGCGGAUGAGGGCGAGGAGAUCUACGCCCAUGGCUUCCCUUCCCAGGACAGUGGCACCAGCGGCAGUGACAGCAAAGGGAGCAGCGGUGCUGCUGCCGGGGACGAGAAGAGUGCCAAACGGCAGAGGGUGGGGGAGGGGGCAAUGCGCAGCAAUGGUGAGACGGGCAACAGCAGUGGCAUGGGAAACGGACACAGAAAGAGCGGCAAGGGGAUUAUUGACAGCAACAGCAGCAGCAACAGCAGCAGCAGCAGCAAGAGGCAGCGGCGGGUGCUGCUGAUAGGGCACAGCAAGGGCGGGCUGGACGCAGCAGCAGCACUGGCGCUGUUCCCGUCACAGCUGAACAGCAGCACGGUGGCGGGGCUGGUGUGCAUGCAGAGCCCGUACGGUGGCACGCCCAUGGCCUCCGACAUUCUCAGAGAGGGCUCCCUGGGGAAUGGCACUCUGCGGUCCAUGCUGGAGCUGCUGCUGGAUAAGCUGUUCAAGGGUGACAUUCGCUGUCUUGAAGACCUCACUUACGCACGCCGCCGCGCCUUCCUGGAGCACCACCCGCUCCCUUCCUCCAUCCCGUGCCUCUCCUUCCACACCAACGCCUCCCGCGCCCCAGCAGUCAUAGCGUCCCUCUCCACCAUCACGCACACAGAGAUCCCCUGGCUCGCCCGCACCUCGCAAAAGCUCGCGCUCGCCUUCCCUCUCUCCGCUGCCCUGGCUGCGCUGUCCCUGUACCUGGAGAACCGAUAUGGCGCGGAGAGUGAUGGGCUGGUGACUAGGGCCGAUGCGGAGGUGCCGGGGUCAAUUGUGGUGCGGGCUAAGAGGAAGAUGGACCAUGGGUUCAUGGUGUUCCCGUCCAUGGGGCAGAGUCGCAGGGCGAAUGGGGUCGCAGAGGGCACCAAGGACAUGAUGGGAGGAGACAGUGAGGGCGAGGAGGAGGUGGAUGCCACGCCUGCUGAGAUCUGUGAAGCCCUGGCAACGUUGCUGCUGGCUGAAACAAAGUGA